AUGGAACCCAACAACGCCUCAACCCCUUCGACAAAUGUGGAUGACUUCGUCCACUCGAUCAAAAACAUUGAUCGUUCAUCAUUUGCAUACGACGGCGACCGUGUCAAUGCGCUAAGAGAGGCGUACGCUCUGAUUAGCCGUCUGGAGACUUCGUGGGAUACCGUGGCGCGGCUCUGCAUCACCCAGCCCGCCCUCAAUGCUGUAUUGAAAGUCAGUCAAGACCUUCACCUCUUCGAGAAGUGGCUCGAAGUAGGCGAUGAGGCCGAGCAGUCGACCGCACAGCUCGCCGAGCUGACCGGCUCCGACCCAAUGCUCCUCUGCCGCAUUCUCCGCCAUCUGGCAGCAUGCAACAUCAUAGUGGAGGUCUCGCCUGACCACUACAAGCAAUCCGCCUUCAGCAAGUCGCUCCUGGAGCCCGUGUUCGGCGCCUGGAUCCCAUUCCUGUUAAUGCCCGAAUACCUCGCGAAGACAAACUACCAGAACCCCACAGACCCGAACGACGGCAUCUUCCAAUACACGAAGAACUUCGAAGGCUCGCUCUUCGACUACUACGACCAACACCCGACCGAGAGCGCCGUCUUCAACAACGUAAUGGGCAGCGUAAUGGCCAAGCAAGCAGGCAUGCUAGACAUCUUCCCCUACGAACGGCUAGCCGACGCCCAGCCCGACACAUCCGCCACCCCACUACUAGUUGACGUGGGCGGCAACGUCGGCCACGAUAUCAACAAGUUCCUCGCAAAGAAACCUAAUCUCGCUGCUCGGCUGGUACUGCAGGAUCGGCCGGACGUCGUGCGCCAGGCGAUUUGUCCCGCGACAGUGCGCGCCAUGGCGCAUGAUUUCUUUACCCCGCAGCCUGUUAAAGGUGCCCGCGCAUACUACCUGCAUGGUGUGCUGCAUGACUGGCCGGAUGAUACGGCCCGGAGCAUUCUCGAGCAUCUGCGCGAUGCGAUGACACCCGGGUACAGCACGCUCCUCAUUCAUGAUCAUGUUAUCCCUGCGCAGGGUGCGCAUCCGCAGGCUACGGGCUACGAUCAGACGAUGAUGGUCGUCGUGUCGGCGUUUGAGCGCACGGAGGGCAUGUGGCGGGACUUGUUGCGGUCGGUGGGGCUACGGGUGGAGAAGAUCUGGAGUUCGCCGCUUGCUACGCAGAGUGUGGUUGAGGCGAGGUUGGCUGAGGACUAG